CUGGUGGAACCCGUGCCAUGUCCGCCAGCUCAUUAGUCUUAAUAAAAUCUCACAAAAUGAGAGAAGCAUUUAUAUCAAUUUUGGCGGUACUGGCGUUCACUCAGGUCUGGGGAGCCGACGUCGGUAAAGACGGGUUCAAUUUCUAUAAAGACUACUUACGUGCUCGUCCAGAUGAAGCCAUGCUGGAUGCCGGUCCAGGAGAGCGUUCAUUGUAUUUCUACCGAACGCCGUUACAGUUGUAUCCAGGUUUACUGCCGAUCCUAGAACAAGAAUAUAGGAAAAGAACUGCAAAUGCUUUUAAAAAUCACAUGUUGAGCAAGGAGUUACGAGCGGAAGAAGAACCUGUCAAGAGGAGCUCUAAAACAGCUUUGUCCCUCAUGUUACAGGGGAAACACUAUCCACAUUAUGACACUGACGUCGCACAGAGUAAUGAUAUAAAAAUACCCAUAGAAUAGAUUUAUUCGUAUUUGUCAACAGUUUAUAUGUAGUUUUUAGAUAAU